CUGACUGAGGCAAAAACCAACGGCCCCAGGAAUAUGAUGUCAUUGUUUGGUGCAAUGCGGAUCCACCUUUUCUUCCAUUUUUCCUCCCCACAGACAUUGAUCUGUUUCAUUGAUAUAUUUAUUUUCUAUUAUAUACUUAUCUACAUUAGAUUGUUUUAGAACAUCCGAUGCAUCUGAAAGACGAACUUAUCCACCAACAGGUGGAGCAAUGAUCAGUCACAGCCUCACAGCUGAUCUUGGCAUUCCGCCUUCUGGAAUAUAAAAGGACUGAUGUAUCAGUGACAUCUCUCUGACCCCACAUCAAAUGUGAAGACACGAACUUUGGACUUUCUCCUACUAAGCCUGAACUGUUCGAACAAAUCGGUAUUACCACAGCCACAAAAUGCCCUUGAAUAUCAGCGCUUUUGCCCCGGGACCCGGGGGUACGACAAUGCUGGGAGAGCGCGGUGGCCUCGAUGCAGCUGCUCAGCGAGGUCUGGAGCGUCAGAAACGAGAAAGAGAAGAGGCAGCAGCACGCGAAGGCAAGGUUCUCGACGACACCAUGUCUGGAACGACUCUCGCCCUAGAAGACACAAAACCAGAGAUCAAUGAACAGUACCAACAGUCUCGGUCCAAUGGUGAACUAGAAACGAAGAGUGCUCCUCACGGCGACACAACGACCGAUAAGAGCAAAGGCCCCGCACCAAAAGAGGGCGAAGGUAGAUGGGAGAGACUCAAGAAUCAUUUCCGAUGAUAUAUUUCUCUAUCUACGUUUGCUCUUACAUUGAAUCAUUUGUGCUUGUCUGUUCCUUUCAACAUCAUAUUUACACUACACAUGUAGGAGCAUCAAUGGCUAAGUUGUUGGGAAAUUGACCGAAAGGAAAGAAACUUUUCUUUCUGUAUAUGGCGCAUGGACUCGCGGUGACACAAAGAAAGCCUUGGUACUUUUGUAUUUUAGUGUUGUUCCUUUCAGAACCUAUCAGCUAUAAAUGUUAUAUACAGAAGCAUGUGAAAUAGUACGUACCAUCCGGAUAUAUUUCUCCUAUAUAUAGCCUUUCUGACCAAAUUGGAUUGGCGCUUUCUCGGCUA